CUUAUUACUUUAAAAGAAAUUGUUGCUUUAUCCACUGCAUUGUGUCAGACUUGAGUUUCAUGUCUAAAGUCUGCAGUGACUGCAGGUUUCUAUAAUGUUUUGCUUGAAUUUGGACUGCGUUUGCCAGGACUUUAUUUUCACCUGAUCAGCAAUCCAUCACCAUUUUCACACAUUUCCUCUGCCCUCCCACCCCUUAUACCUUUUGUUUUGUUUUUUCUGCAACAUUUUGUGCUGGACAGUCACUCUAUAGACUGGGCAGUGAUUUCUUGCAGAGGCUUAGUGUGAAGCUUGAUUCUUGUGAGUGAACAGUCUCACAUUCCCGAGAGGAUCCUUGGGCUCUGCACCUCUUGGUGUUUUCCUCUCCUUAUUCAUAAAGAGGAGAGUUUAAUUAGGGAAUCUGCAGUUGGGACAGUCGGCCAGGAGCCAGAAUGCAGGUGUCAUUAGUGUGCACGGAUCAUCGUGGUGGGGUAAGCCGCAACACGGAGGACCGGCUAAAUCGACAGAAUGCCAACAGCCCCAGCACAGGCACCCGCAGCAAGUUCAGAGCAGUGGCGAUGGUGGCUCGGAGUCUUGGACAACUCUCUGUGCAGAGCGUGCCUUCCUCCAGCGAGCAAAGUGUGAAGACUGGCAUGAAGUAUAGAAACCUCGGGAAGUCAGGCUUGCGGGUAUCCUGCCUUGGAUUAGGAACAUGGGUGACGUUUGGCGGACAGAUAACAGAUGAGAUGGCAGAGCAGCUGAUGACUCUGGCCUAUGAAAAUGGCAUCAAUCUGUUUGACACAGCGGAGGUCUACGCUGCUGGCAAGGCAGAGGUGGUGCUCGGAAACAUCAUAAAGAAGAAAGGAUGGAGACGUUCGAGUUUGGUGAUAACAACAAAGAUCUUCUGGGGUGGAAAAGCAGAAACUGAAAGAGGUUUAUCCCGAAAACACAUUAUAGAAGGUUUAAAAGCCUCUUUAGAAAGACUGCAGUUAGACUACGUGGAUGUGGUUUUCGCGAACAGACCGGACCCUAAUACACCAAUGGAAGAAACGGUUCGAGCAAUGACCCAUGUGAUAAACCAAGGCAUGGCCAUGUACUGGGGGACAUCCCGCUGGAGCCCGAUGGAAAUAAUGGAAGCGUACUCUGUUGCGAGACAGUUCAACCAGAUUCCCCCCAUCUGCGAGCAGGCAGAGUACCACAUGUUCCAGAGAGAGAAAGUGGAGGUGCAGCUACCUGAGCUGUUCCAUAAGAUAGGUGUGGGGGCCAUGACGUGGUCUCCGCUGGCCUGUGGGAUCAUCUCAGGGAAAUACGAUGGCAGGGUCCCUCCCUACUCGCGGGCCUCCCUUAAGGGCUACCAGUGGUUGAAGGACAAGAUCUUGAGCGAGGAGGGCCGGCGUCAGCAGGCGAAGUUGAAAGAGCUGCAGGCAAUCGCGGAGCGGCUGGGCUGCACUCUGCCCCAACUCGCCAUCGCGUGGUGCCUACGGAACGAGGGGGUGAGCUCUGUCCUUUUAGGGGCGUCCAACACCGACCAGCUGAUGGAGAACAUAGGAGCGAUCCAGGUUCUUCCAAAGUUGUCGUCAUCCAUCACACACGAGGUGGACAGCAUCCUGGGGAACAAGCCGUACAGUAAAAAGGACUACCGCUCCUAACGCGCGGCACGGCCCCGCCCGGCAGGGCUGCUCCCGGCCUGCAGCCGCAGUGCCCCACCUUUGCCUGAUCCUCUGUUUGCUUGAGCUUUUACUGAGUGAGACCCUGGCGCAUGAGUCUGGCCACACCACGGCCACGCAGGGCACCUCAUUUAGAGUUACAGGGAUGAGAUAAGAAAAGGGGGAAAAAAUACAGUCACCUCCACUGGAAAUGACAGGAUUGACAAAGAAAGACACAAACAUGGAAAAAGAGAGGUUAGGGAUAUGCGCUCAUAUUUAAAUUAGUUAUACAUUCAAUUCAGCUGAACGUAUUUUAAAACUAUAGAGAAAAAUACAUUUAUUAAAAAAAAAUAAGCACACGCUUGCUUGGCAGCCAGAUUUUUUUUCCUUUCUUUUUUUUUUCUCUUUUUCUAAAACCGAAUACAACUAAAAGGAAGAUGAAAUUCAUGCUGUAUGAAUACACGAGAACUACUGUUGCACAUGUACCAUAGCCAUGCAUUCGUUGUUUGGACGUUCUGUUUACAAACACCUGUGUACUGUACAAAUCCGUCAAGAUUUCUCUGAAAGUGUUGUCGACAUUACCAGAGCCUCCUCACGGGCUUCAAUCAGCACUUUAGUACUGUCAGUAAAGGUGUUGGAAGGUAGUUUCAAAGAGGAGAGAGGAUGGGUAUUACAACAGUCUUAUCUCACAUCCAUUGCACUGUAGAAUCACAUCGCCUCUUCAUAAUUCCCUCUCUUCAUCCUCUGUAUCUUCACUGGCAGUGCGUUUGUCCAGCCUAAUCCUCCGAUGCUCCUCCUGUGUAAGCGUGGCUCUGAAGUUCUGGAGUCAUCAGGACUUCCAUCCUUACCAGUGAACCACCCGCCUUGAUGGAGCUUAGGAGCCUAGGCUGAUGUGUCUGGGCAACUUGCGUGCCACUGAAGAGAUGAGCAGUUUAUUCAUCCCUAACAGCAGGAACUGCAGUUGUGUUAUAUCAAACACAGCUGCCUGCUUCACUGUGCUUCCCAGCCGCUGUUCUCGCUUUUUUCAGGCUGAGGAUUUUGGUUUACAGGGAAAGUUCAUAUCAGUGUUGGCUCCACAUCUCAUGGAAACUUCUCCUCAAUCAAAUUCAGUUCAAGUAUUUUGCCUUAUUUAGAGUUGCAUCAAACUGUGCUUUGGGCUUGUAGACGAGCAGCUCGACAGCUGCCUCUCUGCGCUGGUCAUGUGUCCCCGGUAUAAAGUGGACCGCUGAGUGGUGGAAGUGGUGUUUGUUGCUCCCUGACUGGGGGGGAGGAGUCGUGUGUCCGGUUAAUCAGUGAGUGGCAGCAGCUCAGGGAACAGAGCAGGCAGUUUCAGUCGUGUGUUGGCGUACACAAAGCCAGGAGGUUGUAUUUAGUCAUCUGUUUUUCUUUCAUGUGUGGACACUUUAGCGUGGCUUGAGCCAAAGAUCUUCUUCUUCUUCAUUUCUUUUAGAAAACAACCCAACGUUUCACUAUUACAAGAUUAUAGAAAUCAUCUUGACGCAUGUGCUGUCCAGCUUGUAAUCUAUCUAUGGUAUGGACUUUACUCCAUAAUAUAUCUUUACUUGACCGAGCUGUUACACUAGUUAACAAGUAUGUCCUUCAUAUACAGAAUGCGUAGUACAACUAAGUGCUUUAGGAUCGGUAAGGUUUGUUUCAGGCGGCAGACGCCCCGAGACACGUCAGAAGUAUUAUUGCAGACAUUUUGACAACGCCCUGUAUCAUUUAUUGUCCUUUGGGUGCUCUCUUACUGUGAUUAAAGCACAAGUAGAAAGCAUGUUACAUCCUCUAAGCAUGGACCCUCUUCACCCAGCCUACAGUACCUAUGGGACAAACAAGGUGAUGCUUUUCAAGCUUACUAACACGUGUAGAUAACAAGUCUUUACUAACAGCUGAUAAACUGUUGAUUCUUAGAAGAAAAGGAAAAAACAAGUGCAAAUUAACAUAACUUAUAAAAGUGUGAAUGAUAUGAAUGAGGUGAAGCUGCUCAGCUAGAGUGGAGGGGAUAAACAUCACUGUGUGGGGUUUGUGUGGAUGAGGUUUUACAGUCUGCUUGAGUAUUACUCCUAAACAACAGCAAAGUUGAUCUGACUCAUUUCUGUAUGUGUGUGUGAGUUCAGGUGUGAGGGAUCGGGGGUCAACUGAACUAAUCCCAUGCUGUUGUAUUAGGUGAUCCCUGAAUACGGCUGAUUUGCCGUGUCUCUUGUAAGUCUGAGUAAAUAAUAACAGGCACAAGCCGAUGCUGUUUUCUCAGAAUUAAAAAAAAAAAAAAAAA